UGCUCACUAAUUGGUCUCUAGGCAACGGUAGGAGAGACAACAAAAAAAGUCGCAAGAUCUCAAACCAUCGAUCUGUUACAUUCCACCAGACUCAUUUGGAUAUAUUGUGAAAAUAUGCCACAAGAACGAGAACCUUUUCCAUUCCCGCGAUAUGAGAACGAUUAUACAUUUACAGGGAGUAAGGAAAUGCAGAAACUGCCAUAUGACAAGCCAACACACCUCGCACAAAACGACGAACCCUGGAGGAGACUCCAUAACAGGACAACACAGGCCAGCUCUCGCCGAAAUGUCUUUCAUUUCGACACUAAAGCACCCAAGGACAGUCUGGACAUUCAUCUAAAGUCCACAUACGAUCAUCAUCUGGGAUUAUUUCAAAACAAAAAACAAAUCGUGACGCAGAAGGAAACUGUUGCACUGAAUAAUGGGACACUGAAAAACAAAGAAUUAGAAGAAUCAAUGUGUGAGACUGAAAACACCGAAAUGAGAGUGUGGGUCGACACACAGAAGGCUUCUAUAUACAGUAUUAAAGGGUCCAUAGAGUCUCAUCACACCGCCUCUACAAACCGAGGUUACUCUCGUAAGCAUGAUGGCGGCUUUUACUCUACGUAACACAGUACACAUGAUAUACAAGUUAAAAUGGGUUACCCUAAUCCCACCAGUCGGUUGUUAAACAAUGGGUAUCAGCAAUACCACUUAUAAGGGCUUGAAAAAAAAUAGAAUAAAAGAACCGUAGAUAUGC